AUGCACAAUGUGUCCGCAUACAACUUGGACAAAGUCACUCCAAACACAGUGGACCAGACUCUGCUGGCUCACCUCACCCAUCCAUACUGUCUGAUCAAACAGUUCAACAGUGCCUCGUGCGGUCUCAAUAGCCGAGAUAUGUUGAUUGAUAUCGAUGCCUUCCGUCACAUCAGGUCAUUGGCGCUCACAUGCUCGUCGGCUGAGGAUGGUCUGUUGUUCGUCACGUCCAAGUUGUUCCCGCAGCUUGAGGAGCUGGACCUCCGCUUCAACUUUAAAUACCCGAGCGCCUACUUUGGGAACUAUGCCCUUACAAAGGCACCUCAAAAGCCCUUGGCUGUCGACCCGACUACCCUGCCACCCUUGCUCCGCAAGCUCACGAUGAAUGCCGAGCUCAAGAACCUCGACAUGACCAAGUUCACUCAGCUCACUCACAUCAUCAUCCCAGGCAACCAUCGCAACAUCGCCUUCCUCGACCAGCUGCCCGCAUCGCUCGUCUCGUUGGAUUUUGGCUGCAACUGGAUCAUCGAGCUCUUUGACUAUUCCCAGUCGUCGUCGGGCUACAUCAACUCGCACGUUAGCACGCCGCCCUCCUCCACCAGCGCCGUCGCCGAGGAAUCAAUCAACAAGCUGGACAGGUUCAAGUCGCUCACGGCUCUGCGAACACAAACCUUUUCAACAACCGCACUGGCAGCCUACAUAUCAAAGACAACACUUCAAUUGAACGAGGUCUAUGGUGGAUACAUGAUUCUGGACGACACGAUGGCGCACACACUCAGCAGAUUGCCACUGCGCAAGAUGCAUUUGGAGCUGGACAGUCUGGCGGCUAUGGACAACGCCUGUCAGCCCCAACCCCUGUCUCUCAACGCGCCCCAUCUCACAUUCCUCUCGCUCAAGGUACCCUUCAAACGUCACCGUCAACACAAGUAUGAGUUGUCAUUCAGCAACCUGCCUCGCAUUGAGUUGCUAUCGAUCAUGUAUGACUAUGAGGCCGUCAUUGGUGCUUUGAUCAAGUUGGUCAGCACCUCGAGAACACUGCGCAAGCUCUGGGUACUCUCGCGACUCGACUCCAAAUACAUCACCAGCGACGACUCGUCCAAGUAUCUAAAGUUGCUACAGGCACUCGUUGACAAUCCAGACAACCGUGUCGAGUUCCUGUCCAUUGACUACAUGAUCACCAACAAGAAUGUAGCAGAGUUGGCCAGCUACCUCAAGCAGAUACCUCAGCUGACCUUCCUACUCUGCUAUUACUAUCAGUACGACGACAUUCAUGCACUGGACGAUCUUUCACUCCACUUCCCUGGAUACAGAAUAAUGAGGGACACAAACUCUACAAAGAAAGUGAUCAUCAGUCGAUACCUUUGA